GCUCAUCACCCAUGAACUUUUUCUUUCUUGACUUACCCUUUUUCUCUCUCUCAUGCCCUUUUUAUUCUAUACUUUUAUACUCUUCAAUUAGAUCUCUUUCUCCCCCAUCAUAUCUAUGAACUUUUUUCCUCCCCUAUCUAACCCACCAUCCAACCCCAACCUCUAAACCUCACUCUGCACUUUUUUGCCUUUUCCUUUUUAAGUGCAUAUAUAUAUAUAUAUAUAUAUAUAUAUAUAUAUACACACACACACAUCUCUAGCUAUAUAUAUCAACUCCUAAUUAAGUUCCUCUACAUCAAACAUAGACAUUCACUUGCCUCCCCAGCCCCCAAAACCAAGAAAAUAUGGCUCAAGUUCAAGAAAGUCGCAUCUCACAAGGCAUCAAGUUGUUUGGUGCAACAAUACAAGUUCAAGCAAAACAAGCUGCAAAAGGUGAUGAUCAUGAUACUGAUGAAGAUCAAGAAAAAAAGCCAGAAAAGAUCAUCCCUUGCCCUAGAUGCAAAAGCAUGGAAACCAAGUUUUGUUACUUCAACAACUACAAUGUUAACCAGCCAAGACACUUUUGCAAAGGUUGUCAAAGGUACUGGACGGCCGGUGGGGCCCUACGGAACGUGCCCGUAGGAGCCGGCCGUCGCAAGGCCAAACCGCCUUGUGGCGGCAGCGACGGCGACAUGGCGGCCGGAUUAUCAGAUGGUUGCUUCUUUGAUGUUACUAAUCAUGGGAAUAUUCACCAGCUUGACUUUGAUGGAGUGGUGGCUGAGGAAUGGCAUCUUUUUCCGGCGGCCAAGAGGAGGAGGAGCACCUCCGGUAGCCAAUCUUGUUGAUUCUCUAUUUGUCUUCUAUGUGGAAUUAGUAAAUGAAAAAAUAUUGGAAAGAGAAAAAAAUACAAAAAAAUAAAACAUUUGCAGGCCGACUUUGCUUCUUUGAUUGUAUAUACAAGCUGUCUUUAAUUAGUUAUUAAACAAAGUAUUCUUAAUUA